AUGGAUUAAGAAGUUCAUGUAAAGUAUUUUAAACUUCCUUAAAAAGAUAAUAAUGAAAAGGGAAUGUUGAUUUCUAUUUUAGAUUGUUCAGGAUCUAUGUCAAGCUGUAUCUUUUUAUUAUUAAAUUAUAGAUUGGAAAUAUGUUGCGAAAUAUUACAAUGAGUUAAAAGAAAAAUCAUCUUUAUCAAUAGCAAUUACUUUUGAUACACAAGUAAAAGUAUUGUAGCCUAAUGAAAUAAUUAAUCCAAACAUAUAUUAAUAUGGUGGUGGAGGUACAAACAUAACAUGUGCAUUUGUUGCCUUAAAUUAAGAAAUUCAAAAAAGAUCGAUAACAAGUGAUUUAACAGUAGUUUUUGUAUCUGAUGGACAAGGUAGUUAUGAUGAGAAAGCCAUAAAAUAAACAAUGUCUAAUGUAUAAAAUCUAAAUUUUAUAUGUGUUGGAGUGGGAAAUGGAUUUCCAACUCAUAUUUCAAUGAGUCUAAGAUCACUCUAUCAUACAGGCAAUUUGUCAAUACCUCCUGUGUUUAUAGUCUCUGUCCAAGAUUAAUCAAAUGAUAAAUAAAGAGAUUAAUUUUUGGAUUCUAUAUUUUAAGAGGAAUUUUAAUCUGUGGGGAUAAUUUUAAAACCUAGAAAAUAAUGUGAAACAACUCCUUGUUUAUGUUUUCCUUGGAGUUAAGAGACAACAACAAAGGUAUGGUCUGGUAGUUGGGUAGGUAGCUAUGAUAAUGAGAUAACAUUUGAUGGAAUAUAAGUUUAAUCAUCAAAUCCAUCUGAAGCUAUGAUAUUAGAAUUGGCAUCUUUUUGGUUAUAAAAUAUCCAAUUACUUUCAUUGAAAUAAAAUGUAAAAUAAGAAGCUUAAAUGGCACUUGCAGAAUUAGAAAGAUUAUCAAAUUUAAUUCCAAAACUUUAAGGUUAAAAAAAAUAAAAGACAUUUGCUUAAAGAGUUUAAGAAUCUUAAUAAAAGGAGACAGAACUUUCAGAUUUUGUUGCUGAAUUGAAAUUAUUCACAUAAGAUUUUACAUUAAGUAAAUUAAGUGAUAAGGAUGCAGCUGACAGAUUAAAGAUUGGAACUAAAAUAGGAAAAUUUCAUAAUAAAGCACUUAAAUUUGCAGGAUUAUCAUUAGAAGAUUUUACAAAAGCUAAAUAAUAAUUUAUAUAGCUACUUAAAGAAUAUAAAUUUGAUGGUAAUGAUGGAGAUAGAUCAAUAAUGACAUUAUAAAGUUAGAAGGAAAUAUUAUAAGAGAAAGAUUUAAUUUUUGGAUUAGAGAAUUGUACAUCUCAAUAUUAAUUGGUUACAGCAUUUCCAAUUAUUGGUUAUGGAUUAUAAGUUAAAAGAUCAAAUGCUAGUAUGAUUGAUCCAUAUAAAAUUGAAAUUGUAUCUCUUGUUAGAAUUCAUAAAUUUAUAGAUUCAGUAUCAUUAAUAGAGAAUGCAUAACAUGAAUUAAAGUUUUAAGUAGGAAAUGGAGAAGAAGAGAUAGUAAAUUGUAUACUUCCUUUGUACACAUCAAAGAAUGAAGAUCUUAAACCAUUCUUUAGAUCUUUAUUAUUUCACACAAUUAUGACAUUUGUAGUAUGUGAGAAUGCAGAUGUUUGUUUUGAUUAUUCUUAUGCAGCCUUAUUAGCUAACACUUUAUAUUAUUUAAUUAGAUAACCAAAGACUGAAUGGACUAAGGAGAUGAUAAGUUUAAUAAAUGAAUCAUAUACAUUGGCUUAUGGUAUGAAAUAUAAGAAUUUCACAGAAAAAUUAAUUAAUAAUCCAAUUUAAACAUUGGUUGAUGUUAAUACGGAUUUUGAUACUUAAUGUUAAGAUACAAUUAAGGCAUUACUUAUUUUAUCUGCUGAAAAGAAUAACUAUUAAUUAGAAUAAGUAAGAAAUGUAGUAAAUAGAUUUUUGAUAGAAACUAUAGGGAGAUUAAUGAAAGAUAUGGUUCUUAAAGAUCAUAUUAAUUACUUUUUUAAUUAAGAGAAUGAAGUUAAAAUAAUUACAGAAUUGAGUUAAAGAAUAAUUAAUGGAUUUGAUAAUGAAAAACUUAAAGAAUAUAAGACUAUGUCUGCUAUUACUUCUUAAAUUUUCAAGGAAGUUGAAGAGAUUAAAAUUGAAGAUUGGUAAUUUUAAGUAACAUUCAAAAAGGAUCAAGUCAUUAAAUUUUUAUCACAUACUAAAUAUAAAUAUGGAGAUUUAUAACUUAUUUAUGAGUAUUUUUUACUUGAAGAAAUCCCAUAGAAUUUAUUUAUUGCUGCAGUAUUUCAUGCAAGACACUAAAGAUCAAUAGAAAGAGCAAAUAAGGAAUUUAUUGCAGAUUUUGAUUUACUCAAUAAAGAAAUAUUAUAGGUUAAGCACACAUUCUUGAAAUCAGAAUUAUUGGAAAAAUGUAAAGUAGAAAUUAGAACACAUGUUCAAAAGAUGGGAAUUAAUAAUUUAUUUGUUUAAAGAAUGCCUGGAUUUGGAAUUAGUAGAAGAAGAAGAAGAAGACCAAAUGUCAAUAAGUUAGCUUAGAAGAAUCCUUGAA